UUCGUGUGUCUGCGUGCGUGUGUGUGUGUGAAGGAUCCUCCUGGUUACUGCUGUUAUUAUUUUCCCUUAGCAGGGAGACCACACAAGCCAUGGCUGAGAAGAAGCAGUCUGGGCGGCCGGGUGAGGAGGAAGAAGUGCCAGCCUUCUUCAAAAACCUGGGCUCGGGCAGUCCCAAGCCCCGGCAGAAAUUCUGUGGCAUGUUCUGCCCCGUGGAAGGCUCCCUGGAGAACAAGACCAUCGACUUCGACUCCCUCUCAGUGGGCCGCGGAUCUAACAAAGUGGUGGCAAAGCAGAAGGAUGUUGCCCACCUGGGUCCGGAUGCUCAGUCCGUCUAUUCCAGGCAGAGCAGGCAGGGAGGGGAACCAUCUGUUGAUUUCGGGAGAAAGGUGGAGAUCAGGAGUGCCACUGGGAAGGAGGCGCUGCAGAACCUGAAUGACAAGAGUGAUCGUCUUUUGAUCAAAGGUGGUAAAAUAGUGAAUGACGACCAGUCUUUUUAUGCAGACAUUUACAUGGAAGAUGGGUUGAUAAAGCAAAUAGGAGAGAAUCUGAUUGUGCCAGGAGGAGUGAAAACUAUUGAAGCUCAUGGCAGGAUGGUGAUUCCUGGAGGGAUUGAUGUUCACACCCGCUUCCAGAUGCCGGAACAGGGGAUGACGUCUGCUGAUGACUUCUUCCAAGGGACCAAGGCCGCGCUGGCUGGGGGCACCACCAUGAUCAUUGAUCAUGUGGUUCCUGAGCCAGGGACCAGUUUGCUGACUGCAUUUGACCAGUGGCGAGAAUGGGCAGACAGCAAAUCCUGCUGCGACUACUCUCUGCAUGUGGACAUCACUGAGUGGCAUAAAGGUGUGCAGGAGGAGAUGGAAGCUCUGGUUAAAGAUCAUGGUGUGAACUCCUUCCUGGUGUACAUGGCUUUCAAAGAUCGCUUUCAGCUGACUGAUUCUCAGAUAUAUGAGGUCCUGAGUGUGAUCCGGGAUAUUGGCGCGACAGCUCAAGUGCAUGCUGAGAACGGUGACAUCAUUGCUGAGGAACAACAAAGGAUCCUGGAACUGGGAAUCACAGGUCCUGAAGGGCAUGUGUUGAGCAGACCUGAGGAGGUGGAAGCGGAGGCUGUGAACCGGGCAAUAACCAUCGCCAACCAAACCAACUGCCCCCUUUAUAUCACCAAGGUGAUGAGCAAAAGUGCUGCUGAUGUCAUUGCUCAAGCCAGGAAAAAGGGCACUGUGGUGUAUGGAGAGCCCAUCACAGCCAGCUUGGGUACUGAUGGAUCUCAUUACUGGAGCAAGAAUUGGGCUAAGGCAGCAGCUUUUGUUACUUCCCCACCACUGAGUCCUGACCCGACCACUCCUGAUUUUCUCAACUCGCUACUGUCCUGUGGAGACCUCCAAGUUACUGGCAGUGCCCACUGCACCUUCAACACUGCUCAGAAAGCUGUUGGGAAGGACAACUUCACCCUGAUCCCUGAAGGAACCAAUGGAACUGAAGAGAGGAUGUCCAUCAUCUGGGAUAAGGCUGUGGUGACUGGCAAGAUGGAUGAGAACCAGUUUGUUGCUGUGACCAGCACAAAUGCAGCUAAAAUCUUUAACCUGUACCCACGGAAGGGCCGUAUUGCAGUGGGCUCGGAUGCUGAUCUGGUUAUCUGGGAUCCCGACAGCGUCAAGACAAUCUCUGCCAAGACUCAUAACAUAUCUCUGGAGUACAAUAUCUUCGAAGGCAUGGAAUGCCGUGGGUCUCCCCUGGUGGUUAUCAGCCAGGGGAAGAUUGUGCUGGAGGAUGGGAAUCUCCAUGUCACCGAGGGAUCUGGGCGGUAUAUCCCCAGGAAACCAUUCCCUGACUUCGUUUACAAGCGCAUCAAAGCGAGGAGCAGGCUGGCUGAGCUGCGGGGGGUGCCUCGAGGCCUCUACGAUGGACCCGUCUGCGAAGUGUCGGUGACACCGAAGACCGUCACACCAGCGUCUUCAGCCAAGACAUCUCCUGCCAAACAGCAGGCCCCACCCGUGAGGAACCUGCACCAGUCUGGAUUCAGCUUGUCUGGGGCACAGAUCGAUGACAACAUCCCACGCCGCACGACCCAGCGCAUCGUGGCACCGCCGGGUGGACGUGCCAACAUCACCAGCUUGGGCUAAGGAGCGAGCCCUCUGCGCCCGCACAGCGCACCGGGGCCGGGGGCACCUCGACACCCUUCUUGAUUCUUUUAGAGCCUGUGACGGUUACUGCGGGCAACCAGUGGGGGGGGGCUGAAGUAAGGCGCCUGUUUCAGUCCCCUCAGAUUCCCUCCUCAUCUUCACCAACCCCUCUCACUUCCCCCUUCAGCCCCUACACGUUUAAAGGAAUAAACCCUCUUUUGACACCUCUGACAUGCAAAAGUAAAUGUAAAAGAGGAUGUUUGAGAUACGUGGCCUCUGUCCCAUUCAGCAUCUUUCUUUUAAUAAAGGAAGGAUAAAGUGAAUUUCCCGGGAGCUGCCUUUAAGACACACACAAAAAAAAAAAAAAAGGAAUAAAUCAAUAAUAAAUGUUAAAGCAUUUUUUUUAUUUUAUUUUAUUUUUUUUAAUGUCAAGCAGAAGAGUAGUUUAAGGGUGUUAAACUGGAUAUCCUGUAGGGUUCUGUGUUCCAGCAGAAUAGCUAGGCAAACAUGGAGGGACACGAAUCUCAGCCUGUCUGUAACCAUUCCCCACCACCACCUUUGAGGUUGCUGUCUGCUGCCGAGAGAGAAGCAGGACCCAGCACUAGGAAUUGACAGAGCACAUCGCACCCAGCCAUCGGGUGAGCUAGAAUCCUUGGGGACUUUGGUUCUCUUGGUUUGUUUUUCUUCUCUUUCUUUUUUUUCCUUCUGGAUUUUGCUGCAAAUCAGGUCCUUGAGGAAACAUUCGGGUUGUUUUUUAUGUUUGUGUGUGUGUUUUUAAUAUGUUUGUUUCAUUGUGUUUACGAAGCCUUAUCUAAGAACUGGGGAUUCCCCUGUUCUUCCCGGUCCUUCCUGAACCUCAUUCAAGUUACAGACUCCCACCAGUGUCACUGCCACCCUGGUACUUCAGGUAUUCCUAGGUUGCAUCAUUCCAGCCAACGCUUGCCACUUAGCUGCAAUAGGAGGGCACAGAGCAGGUUCAUAAGCUAUGAUCUUCACUUCAGUGUACUAGGUCUUGAGCUGGUGCAGAGGGGCUGGACACCAGCUGAGGAACUAGGAUGGGGUUUCUUGAGAAGCUUUUAGCAGUUAGUUUGUCUUCUGUUCCUGGAGAUAGAUGGAAAUCAAUAAGCAUGAGCAAAGAGCAACGUGUUGCUUGCAAGGUUUCUGUAGCAGCCACAUUCCCCCUUCCUGGCCAUUGACGAGUGGUUAUUCAAACCCAGUCAGUUGAGCGUGUGCCCGAGCAUCUGUGGCAAUUCAGUUCGAGUCCAGAUGCCCAGCUGUUGUAACUGGGAGUCUCGAUGGGUCAACAGCAGCUGAGAAUCUCUCGUACAUGGUACGAAUUUCACAGUCGCUCAUUCCUUUAGGAAUCUGCCCUUGUGCAAAUACUCAUGAGAAGGCCUGGUGGUUCCCCACCCUUCCUCAGAUGCCUGCUGCCUUGGAUCUGAGAAACCAGAGGCCAUGAGUAGUCGUUAAGUGAAUUUAGGAGCCCCAGUUUGUGAGACAGUCAGCAUGAUCUGGCAUUUAGUUAUCUUCUGGGAUUGAAGGUCUUUUAGCCCUAGUAUUGGAGGCUUAUUAUUUUCAGGACAUGGAGAAUAAAUCUGCACCGUUAGAUUCCCACUUAAACUUAGCUGGAGGGCUCAGCAGUCCCAAGGACUUGACCUGUCUCAGCACGGAGAGCUUUUCCACCCACAGCUAACACAGCAUUACCUCCACUGUCUGUCUGCCCUGGCGCUUGGCUGCAUCUUCUGCUUUCUCUUCUAUCUGUGCUUGGCCACGUACACUGACCUUGUUUUUCCAUAGUUGUAUUUUCUUAAAUGGUGUUUACAGGUUCUUUUAGGGAAAAAACUAUGUAUAUGAAGGCUUUUAAGAAACAAGUACCAAAUUCGUUGUUACGAAGUAUCAAUGCUGGGAUUUGCAAAGGAUCUGGAAGCUAUUUAGGUACCCAAACCCUCCCAGCUUCAGCACCUAAUUCCUUCAGGCCCCUUUGAACAUGAAAGUUAGGAAAACCAUCGCCAUAUUCAUCCAAGCAUUUUGCAUUUAGGUUUCACUCCUGGGUCUUUUAGUUUUGCAUAAAAGAGUUUGCACUUUGUUUGUUAAAGUAAUCCAUGAACGUAAUAUAUAUUGCAGCUAUUUCAUUGUAGUUUUCACCUGUAUGUUAAAAUCAAAUUGGAACAAGUUGGGGAGGAAAAGGAUUGCAGAGAUCCGUUUGAAUUCUGCGAAACACUUGCGGCUCUUCAGUAUUCACUUAAGUCUUCCUUGGUUUUGGUUUUCCUUCACUGCCUCAUGAUGAGUUUUUAGUUUGAAUUUGUUCUUCAAAAAGAGGAAAAAAAAAAUCACAAAAAAAAAAAGAUAUUUUGCAGGCUGUGUUAAGCAUGUUUUUUCCUGUGAGAGCUCGUCUGCUUUGUGUCUGUUUAAUGAAUGUCAUAUGUAAAUGCUUAAAGAAAAAGAUGAUGACUUAAGUAAUUAACCGCAGUGACUUGAAGCUCUAAAAGUAAAGAAAAAGUAGGAUUUAAUACUAGCUGGAUUUAACCCUUGGAUUUGUGAUUGUGAACCAUGAGUGGAGGAGCUGUAAGUGCUAAAGCUGAUGUGUGUAGACAAAAAGAAGUACUGAUAUUGACCAUUGUCUCAAUGGCAAAAAAAAAAAACAAACCACCCCAACCCCAAGUCUUGUGUUUUAUUCCUUAAGAACUCUGUGUUAUAUUACCAUGGGAACUCCUAAUAAAGACAAAAUGUUGUUGUUUCA